GGUGUGCUUGAUGUGCUUGAUCACAAUUGCUGGUAAGAUCUACUGCAUCUCUUUGAAACAGCAGAAUCCGAUCUAGAAGCACAAAACAGAUUCCUCAUGGAAGAGACUAUUCUGAAGCUUUCUUCUUGUGUUGCUCCAUUGAGGUCAAGAUGACACAGUGGAAUUCAGAGACAGAAAAACAAAAACACCAAAAUAGGCACCAAUCAACUCCAAGCUCAUCCCCCUCCAUUCUUUGAACCUCCAUAAAUACCAGGACUCUGGGCCACACACUUCAUUCAAUCUGGUGAGUGACUACUUCUUUGUUGAAUCCUCCAACCAGAGCUUCACCAUGAGGGCCAUUUUCCUAGGCUUUGCAGUACUACUGCUGUUCAUCGUGGCUACAGAAGCCUAUCCAAGCAAAGGCAAAUGCGGCACUCACUGUCAUCAUGCAUAUUGUCAGAAACAUUGUGCCUAUGGAGUAAAUGCCGCUGCAAACUGCGCCUGUGCUGCUCAAGGAUAUGGAUAUCAGUGCUGCCUCCCACCACCGCCACCUCCUCCACCUCCUCCACCACCACCGCCACCACCUCCACCACCACCUCCUCCACCACCACCACCACCACCGCCUAAAAAACAUCACUGGGCACCACCACCACAGCCUCACAAGAAAGGCUGAGCACCUGGAGAACCAAGGGAGUAGAAUGGCAUCAGACCUCUAUUCAGCAGUAAAAAAGUAAUGGUAAAAAAGUAAACAAUAAAAGUUGUAAAAUCUCAA